AUGACCCUGUCUGGAGGCAGCGAAAGAGCCAGCGACAUGUCCGGCCAAACCGUGCUCACGGCGGAGGACGUGGAUAUCGACGUGGUGGGCGAGGGAGACGAGGAGGGCAUGGAGAGGGUGGACAGCGACUGCGACAGCCCGGUGGGAGGCAUUCUGCACGACCUCCGAGGAGAAGCAGGCGACGAGGAGGUGGAGGAUGAGAUCGAGGUGGAGAAGGAGGAGACGAGGUCCGGUGGAGGGAGUCCGUGCUGCGAGAGCUCCGGGGAGGGAGAGACGGGCACCGGAAAGGGAGAGGGUCAAGACCAGAGCGCAACGGGAGGCGGGAUCCAGAAGCCCAAAAACAGCCUGGUAAAGCCGCCUUACUCCUACAUCGCGCUCAUCACCAUGUCCAUCCUCCAGAGCCCGCAGAAAAAGCUCACCCUCAGCGGCAUCUGUGAGUUCAUCAGCAGCCGCUUCCCGUAUUACCGGGAGAAGUUCCCGGCGUGGCAGAACUCCAUCCGCCACAACUUGUCCCUCAACGACUGCUUUGUGAAAAUCCCCCGGGAACCCGGCAAUCCCGGCAAGGGCAACUACUGGACCCUGGACCCGGCCUCGGAGGACAUGUUCGACAACGGCAGCUUCCUCAGGAGGAGGAAACGGUUCAAGAGAGUCCAGCCGGACAUGCUCAGGGACCAUACUGCUCUCAUGAUGCAAAGUUUCGGUGCGUACACCCUUGGGGGGCCCUACGGCAGGCACUACGGGAUCCACCCUGCUUAUAGCCAUCCGGCGGCUUUGCAGUACCCGUACAUCCCCCCGGUGGGACACAUGCUGCCCCCGGGCAUCCCUCUCCUGUCCUCGGCGGAGCUGAACAGAAAAGCGUUCAACUCCCAGCUCAGCCCGAGUCUUCAGCUUCAGCUCAACAGUCUGAGUACAGCGUCCAUGAUCAAAUCGGAGCCUUCAAACAGACCGUCUUUCAGUAUAGAGAACAUCAUCGGGGUCUCCAACGCCUCCUCGAUCUCACCGGGCGCUGCUUUCCUGCGGCCUCCGGUGACCGUUCAGUCGGCCCUGCUGAGCGCUCAGUCCCUCUCUCUGACCCGGAGCUCAGCCGCUAUCGCUCCCAUGCUCAGUGUGCCGUCAAAUAUGAUUUCUGGACAUGUUUUACCGUCAGCAGCGGCGGUGUCCAAGUGGCCGUCACAUUGA